UCCGGUUUAUAGAAGAGUGCGGGAAGUUUGUAGCCGGGGGUUACUGUAGUCAUUUGGUGAUAGCAUUUAUUAUUUUUUUAAUCAGAAUUUUACAGUUUCUAAGAUGCCCCCCAAACGUAAGGCACCUCAAAAGGGUAAAGCACCUGCCAAGAGAAAAUUGGCAGAAGAAUUUAGUCCUGGAGAGGUGCUGACAGAUACGUUCAAAAAGCAAUGGAAGCUUGGGCAUCCUAUUGGAAAAGGCGGAUUCGGAAUGCUUUACUUAGCACAUGAAAAUUCUCCAAAGCCAGUUGGUUCAGAUGCCCCCUUUGUGAUUAAAGUGGAACCAAGUGAAAAUGGACCUUUAUUUUCUGAACUGAAGUUCUACAUGAGAGCUGCUAAAUCUGAUCUAAUUACUAAUUGGGUCAAAUCUAAUAAACUAAAGUAUUUGGGCGUGCCUAAGUACUGGGGAUCUGGUCUGUAUGACAAAGGAGGAAAAAGGUAUAGGUUUAUGGUUAUGGACCGUUUUGGUACAGAUCUUCAAAGAAUCUUUGAAGAAAAUGACAGACAAUUUGCUCGGAAAACUGUUCUCCAGUUAGGGCUUAGAAUACUUGAUACCCUGGAAUACAUUCAUGAGCAUGAGUAUGUUCAUGCUGACAUAAAAGCAUCAAACCUGCUGCUUGAUUACAAGAAUCCAAAUCAGGUCUAUUUAGUAGAUUAUGGCCUGGCCUACAGGUAUUCCCCUGACGGAGUUCACAAAGAAUAUAAAGAAGAUCCCAAAAGAUGUCAUGACGGGACCAUUGAGUUUACUAGUAUAGAUGCACAUAAUGGAGUAUAUCCAUCAAGACGAAGCGACCUAGAGAUUUUGGGUUACUGCAUGAUUCAGUGGCUGUGUGGAAAGCUACCAUGGGAAAAUAACUUGAAAGAUCCAUGCUAUGUUAGAGAUUAUAAAGUCAAGAGCAGAGAAAAUCUAUCAAUUUUCAUGGAAGAGUGUUUCUCAGAAAGAGAUCAACCAAAUGAGUUGAUCAAGUACAUGCAAGAAGUUAGAUCUUUGGGAUACAAUGAUAAACCGUCAUAUCAGAAGCUACGAAACAUUCUCCUUGAAGGACUGAAAUCUUUUAAGGCCAAAGAUGAUGACAAACUUGAUUUCUCUGUGCUCAGUGUUAACAAGAUAUCCAGAUCUCCCAAGAAAAAAACACAAAAGAAGAUUUCUCUAGAGACGGAGAUACCGGAUGGCGAACUUGUCGCUCCUCCAUCGAAGAAAGUAAAAACAUCCUCUCUGAAAAAAGAGGAAAAUGGGAUAGAGGAGAAAACAUCAGCAACUUCAAAAAAGAAACUAAUAGAAACCAGUACUCAGACUUCACCAGGAAUCAGUAAAUUGGGAAAAGGAAAAGGAAGAGGAAGGCCUAGGAAGACAUAAUUAAUUUUACUGCCUUUUUUCUGCCCUAAGCAUAUUUUAUCUAUUUUUUGAGAGUUGUUGUUUUUUAAGCUUUGAUGAUCUGUUUUCUUUGUAUGUAUCCCAUUGGAAAUAGUUUGAUGUGGGUAUCUGUAUAGUUUGUUUACAGCUGCUUUAUACUUUGAGCUGCACAGAUCAUUUUUCCAAAUAAAAAGAUAACAAAAGAGAAACAAUAUCACAGUCUACUUUAAAGCUUGCAUUGUUAAAUUAAAAUAAUUGUUUCUUUCAUGUUUUUUUAUGUUCUUUUAGUGAUAAGAUUUUUUUUUUUAUCAGUCAUUUUAAUUAUUCAUUAAUGAUUAAAGGUAUACUUUAACAAAGUUAAGAAGCUAAAUAUAUCUCCUGUUUGUAAAUUAUUUUGCACUACUUAAAUUAGUAUUGCAGAUUAUACAUAAUUUUAUCUUAAAAAACCCUACUCAUUUCUGUUUUUACCUUAUACUGUUUUAUUAUUUGUGGACCAAUAUUCAGAUUACUUCAUCCUAUCUGGAAGGCAAUGGUUGCUACAGGUUUGUCCAUUUGCAUUGGUGAAAAAGCCUGUCUCAGAGUUGAUUGAUUUGUUAGUUUAAGACACAAGGUUUAAUAAUAAUAAUGAUCUUAAUAAUAAUGAUUAAAAUAUCACCUAAUUAAAAACUACGCAUAGUGA